AUGCCCAAAGCCAGUUCAAAGAAGCGCAAUAGCGCUUCAUCGGCCAGCCCUUAUGCGCAGGCUGCGGCGAAGACCAAAGCGGCCAAUAGCAUAUUCAAAAUGAAUACUGAUAUUGGUCAACACGUGCUCAAGAACCCUGGUAUCGCCCAAGCUAUCGUUGAUAAAGCUGACUUGAAGCAAAGUGAUAUAGUCCUAGAAGUUGGCCCUGGCUCAGGAAAUCUUACAGUCAAAAUUCUCGAGAAAGCGAAAAAGGUCAUCGCAGUGGAAUUGGAUCCCCGAAUGGCGGCAGAAGUCACAAAACGUGUGCAAGGCAAACCAGAACAAAAACGGCUGGAGGUUGUGAUAGGAGAUGUGAUCAAGACGGAUCUUCCGUAUUUUGAUGUUUGUAUCAGCAACACCCCAUACCAGAUCUCUUCUCCCCUUACAUUCAAAUUAUUAGCAACCACGCCAGCACCCCGGGUCUGUAUUCUUAUGUUUCAGCGUGAAUUUGCCAUGCGACUUUUUGCCAAACCGGGUGACAAGUUGUACAGUCGACUUUCGGUGAACGCACAGAUGUGGGCGAAAAUCGAUCAUGUCAUGAAAGUUGGCAAGAACAACUUCAAGCCACCACCAGCAGUGGAAUCAAGUGUUGUUCGCCUGGUUCCCAAGAAUCCAAGACCUCAAAUUAGCUAUGAAGAGUGGGACGGCCUGUUGAGAAUUGCUUUUGUGCGAAAGAACAAGACCCUCCGAUCGAGUUUCUUUGGCACUUCAAGUGUCAUGGAUCUACUUGAGACCAAUUAUCGAACAUGGUGUGCACAGAACGACAUCCCUGUGGAAGAUGGGCCCGCAGAUGAGAAUGACAACACCGAAAUGGAUAUGGGAGAGACGGAAACUGGCGAAGAAGAAUGGGAUGGUAACAUGGAUGUGGAUGAGGACGAAGAUGUGCCUGACUUCUUCAAGGACGAAGCAAGUUCCCGUCUUCAAGAAGCUUUGAAGAACAAGCCCAGCAGGAAGAAAAAAGGAAAAGUUGCUCAGCUUGUCCGCGAGAAAGUCCGGCAGGUUCUGGAAGAUGACACGGGCCUAGCGGAUAAACGCGCAAGGAUGUGCGAUGAGGGCGACUUCUUGAAGUUGUUAUGGGCUUUCAACCAAAGAGGUAUUCAUUUCAGUUGA